GCUUCCCCGGCGCGCCCCUGCCCAACGAGGCGGCAGCAUGAGCACGGCGGAGGCCCGCGACUACGUCUCCCGCCGGGAGAUCCCGCAGCUCUUCGAGAGCAUGCUAACGGGCCUCAUGUAUUACCGUCCUGAAGACCCAAUCAGUUAUCUGGAAUGCUGCUUACAGAAAGUCCGGGAGCUGGGAGGUCCGGAGAUGGUGCAGUGGGACACAUUCAUUGUUCAGGAGCCACAAGCCAUGAAUCCCAUCAAUAGCGGGCAGUGCAAACCUAGCUUUCACAAAGGCACAGCAGCGUACAACAAAUAUGAGCACCUGCCGCCAGUUGAGAGCCAAUUUUCUAUUGAGAGUGACUCGGACAUGACUGAAUCCACUGGUUUGAUCCAGGAAUAUGAUGUGUUUGACCCAGCCCAACCUCGUCCUAAGAUCAUCUUUGUGAUAGGGGGCCCUGGCAGUGGGAAGGGAACUCAGAGCAACCGGAUUGCUUCCUAUUUUGGGUUCAGCUGCGUCUCCGUUGGCGAGAUACUGCGCAACCAAAUGAUCCAUCAUGCCACCAGUGACAGGAAAUGGGAGCUGAUAGCCAAAAUAAUUGCCAAUGGGGAGCUGGCCCCGCCGGAAACGACUAUCGAGGAGCUAAAGCAACAAUUUAUAAAGCAACAGGAUGCAAAGGGAUUCGUGGUGGAUGGCUUUCCCCGGGAGAUCAGUCAGGCCUUCACAUUUGAGGAGCAGAUCGGUUCCCCAGACCUUGUUGUGUUCCUGGCUUGUUCCAGCCAAGAGCUCCGUCAGCGGCUAGAAAAGCGGGCACAGGAGCAAGGGCGUUUGGAUGAUAACACCCACGCUAUCGAGCGCAGGCUGGAGACGUUCAAGCACAACGUCCCGUUGAUUGUGAAAUACUAUCAAGAAAAAGGGACCGUCGUCCGGUUUGAUGCAGACAGAGAGGAAGACGAUAUAUUUGCGGACAUCAGUUCCUGUGUUCAGCAGCGGCUGUUCCCCGAGGGGAUAGAGGUUCCAGAGUCUCCAUUGCUGGCUUCACUGGACUCUCUCUUCAGCCUUGCCCAGGAAUCUCCAAAGGAGGAACACGAGGAAGGGCAGGCUGAAGAGUUUCUCAUCUCAGAUUUCCUCAAGAUGGCAGCAGAAAAACUGAAGAACCACAAAAUCAUCUUUGUCGUAGGAGGGCCUGGCUCGGGAAAGGGCACCCAGUGUGAGAGAAUCGUUCAGAAGUAUGGGUACACCCACCUGUCUACUGGGGACCUCCUGAGAGCAGAGGUCAGCUCUGGCUCAGAGAGAGGGAAGAAGCUUUCUGCCAUCAUGGAGAAGGGAGAGCUAGUACCCUUGGACACCGUUCUUGACAUGCUGAGGGACGCUAUGAUUGCCAAGGCAGACGUCUCCAAGGGUUAUUUGAUCGACGGCUAUCCCCGGGAGGUGAAACAGGGCGAGGAAUUUGAGAAGAAGAUUGCAGCUCCCACGUUGCUGCUGUAUGUGGACGCCGGCAAGGACACCAUGGUGAAACGUUUGCUGAAACGUGGUGAGACGAGCGGGCGGGUGGAUGACAACGAGGAGACCAUCAAGAAGCGCCUGGAUACCUACUACAAGGCCACUGAGCCUGUCAUUGCCUUCUAUGAGAAGAGGGGAAUUGUCCGCAAGCUCAACGCAGAAGGCUCAGUGGAUGACGUGUUCCAUCAGGUCUGCACCCAUCUGGACGCCCUGAAGUAAAGCACCAAAGGACACCUCCCCCCCCCACUGAGAGGCUCCUCUCCCUUGCCCCCUCCCUCAGCUCCCCUUCAGUAACGAACUGCAGUUCUUGCUGGCUCCCCCCUCUCACACACACCCUCGUCCCAGGUUUGAACAGAAGAACCCCAGGAGCGUCCCCCCCUUCCUACCCACUCCAUCUCCGAUUUCAUCUCAAGGGCUGUGACAGCGGAAGUGGCUUUAUCCUGUUUUUGUGGAUGGAGGCCCCGUGGAGGAAAUUUCAAGGACAUUGUGUUUGGUUUCCUAACCUUCUCUCCAAAGUAAAGUUCACUUUCAUGAGUCGAGACGUUUUUUAUCUCCCCCCCCCCCCCGCUACAACAGGAAGGACUUUUAUUGUGCAUUCCUUACUCUAAAGGUUGAUUAAGGGCAGGAAAUGGCCUGUUUAUCCCAGACCGGGGCAUCCUUUACAGAAGGGAAUCCAUUUGCUGUGCAGAGUGGUAGAUGGCAUGAAAAGGUAGGCAUGGAACAGGAGCAGAGAGCUCCUAAUCCCGAGUACUUGAUGGGAUGCCCAAGAGGGACUAUCACUGGGUCAGAAUCCCGCCUCUCCCCCAAAAAUAUAAUCCUUGGAAAAAGAGAGAAAACUCUUCCUCCAUAGAGGACAGGAAAAUCACUUAUUUUGAUUGUAUCUCUUCAAUGUCACCGUCUGUGGGUGAAUUAUUACAGACAAACAUUCUGGGAUAAGAAAGCGCUGUGAUUCUUCUGCACUUAUUUGUUAUAAACAUACCCCUAUAUAAUGGCAGACAAGCACAGGGAGAAUUCAGGCUUCAGUUGAAGAAAAUGUUUCCGUUCCACUACCAUAUGCAGUGGGAGAUGAGAGUGUUUUAAUGGCUUAGUUUUUACAGAGAUUAGGAAACCUGUGGCUGGGGUGUAUCACUUUUUGGGAGAGGGGGAUUCCCAAAUUAAAUGUUUCUUCAUAUCCUCCGCAUAGAAAAGGAGCUUCUCGGGGAGAAAGCAGAGCUCAAACACUGAAAACACAAGUUCUCUAAGCACAGAAAAUAUUUUUGUAUGGAGGGGCAAUUGGUCAGUUGAGUUGAGUGAAAGUGAGUUGCAGUUUGAAGUGGUUCCGCUCAGGUACAAGUAGACCACUUCAGGGAGAAUUAGGUUAUUAUAAAAACAAAAGAAUUAGAGGAGGGUGGGGUGUUUUUUUUUUGUUAGUUUGGGAGAUUUAUGUUUAAGCUAACAAAUUGGAUGAGCAAACUCUAAGGAAGAAAGGCAAGUCUCCCUCAUCUUUAAAAAGGCAAAAAAAAAAUUCACUGUGGUCUCCGAUUCCUUUGCUUGUUUGCGGCAUCCAUUCUGAAUUUCCUGUGUGGAAAUUCUUGUUCCUCAGCACCAAUGAACUACAGAUAAAAUGGUUUCCAUGUGCCUUUCUCUUGGAGUCUCUCUACAAAAAUAGUCGGAUGCUUAUCUCCGCAAAUUGUCCUUUUCCUUGCUUUCUGCGGAAAGACUCUUUAGGGAAAAGGAUAGGAUAUGUGUGUGUAACUGAAAGCCUAGGUCUAAACUCCAGUGAAAUUUUGUAACACGAACACUGUGCCUCAUUGUCUAAUUGUCCUCUUAAUUGCUGGAUCACUUCAGACAAUCAGCAUUUCAACACACCCUGGCCGUUUCCACACGGCUUAUCUUUUGUCAGGAUACAGCGUCUUCACACGCGAAAUUGCGCCAGAAAGACGCUAUCGCGCGAUUUCGCACAAGAUCACGCUGUUGUUGCGCGAUUUCGCAAAAGGUAAGCCAUGUGGAAAUGGCCUGUCAUAUGUUCUGAAGAUGCUAGUUAUCUCCUGGUUUACUUUUUUUUGUACAAUGAUUUAAAUAUUUAUAAUAGGGAGGGAAUCAGCUCCCUCCCUGCCCACUCAGAGUCUUAAAGGCCUUCUGUUUAACCUGUGAAUGUAUUUAUCAUAUCAUUAUUAAAGAGUGCUGGGGGGGAAAUUGUC